AUGUUCACCACUGAGAUCGCGAUCAAGUUCGAUUUAGUUGAUCCAUCCCUACUCACUGCGCCAAGCAUUCUUGCAUUAUCAAAGCUGCGAAAUCUAUCUGUAAAAGGGAUGAACCUAUUAUCAUGCUUCACAGUAUUAGUAGUCUCAACGCUGCUGGAUCUGGUUGAAUGCGGUCGCGAUUUCUAUAAAAUCCUUGGAGUGCCACGAAAUGCCAAUGUCAACCAGAUCAAAAAGGCCUACCGAAAGUUGGCAAAGGAACUUCAUCCGGAUAAACACCCCGAUGAUGAGCUUGCGCAUGAGAAGUUCCAAGAUCUUGGAGCAGCAUACGAGGUAUUGUCUGACAAGGAGAAACGAGCUACAUAUGAUCGACAUGGUGAAGAAGGUGUGAAGAAGAUGAUGGGUGAUGGAGGAGGUCACGAUCCAUUCGCUUCAUUCUUUGGCGACUUCUUUGGUGGUGGCCAUGAAUCCACUGAAUAUGAGAGACCUAGGGGAGCAGACGUCGUCUUCGAUCUGUUUGUGACACUAGAAGAAGUCUACGUCGGUCAUUUUGUCGAAGUUAAGCGAAAGAAAGCAGUUUAUAAACAAACAUCUGGGACAAGGAAAUGCAACUGUAGGCAUGAAAUGCGAACCGAGCAGAUAGGAAUGGGUCGCUUCCAGAUGUAUCAGGUUCAAGUGUGCGAUGAGUGUCCAAAUGUUAAACUAGUCCAAGAAACAAGGACUCUUGAGAUCGAGGUCGAGGUUGGAGCGAACGACGGUCACGAGCAAGUGUUCGUUGGAGAAGGUGAACCCCAUAUUGAGGGAGAUCCCGGUGAUUUGAAAGUUCGAAUCAACGUGCAGAAACAUCCCAGAUUUGAGCGAAAGGGUGACGACUUAUAUACAAAUGUAACCAUAUCCUUACAAGAUGCUUUGAACGGGUUCAAAAUGGAAAUUCUACAUCUUGAUGGCCACAAAGUCAGCAUUGAGCGAGAAAAAGUUACGUGGCCCGGCGCACGGUUGCGGAAGAAAGAUGAGGGUAUGCCUUCAGUGACAAAUAACAAUAUCCGAGGCAUGCUCUACGUCACAUUUGAUGUCGAGUUUCCACGCACAGAGCUUAGUGAAGAGCAGAAGAAAGUAGUGUCAGAAUUGUUGAAGCAAGAUAGCGUCAAACCAAAAGUCGCAUGUAUUGGAAUGUCAUCAUCAUGCUCCCAUAUGCCAAGUGCGGCAUCCGAGAAAAAACGGUUGCGCAGCUGGUACGCGGUAAUCGCCGACAAAUGCGCAUUUCCGAGAACGGAUAGCUAUGCUGUAACAGCGGCUACAAUGGGAGCGACCCACUGUUCCGAGUGCCCUCCAGAAAAAAGAAUGUCCCGUUUAGCAUUGCAAAUGUGUUGUUCGCGCUGCAGCUCAUUUCUCUGCUUGACACACAUGAAAAAGCACUUGAGGGAGCAUCGGCAUGAUUUUGCGAUGUCGAUUGAGACGGGAUACGUCUACUGCGCUUGUUGCUCGGAUUUUGUAUAUAAUCGUGUGUUGGAGGUAAUGCGCCUGGGAGCAAUGAAUAAGUAUAGAACGCGGUUGGGAUUGUGUAAAUUGGUAUCUUGGAACCCAACUGAUGCUGACAUAAAAGCUUGGGAUAUGAUGACGCGCAUUGGUCAGCCUGCUCAACUCCGUGGAUUAUUAAAUAUGGGAUCGACUUGUUAUAUGAAUAGCGUAUUGCAAGCUCUUGUCCAUACACCAGUGCUUAGGGAUUACUUUCUAUCGGAUCAGCAUAACUGUCAGCGACCUGCGGGCACGUGCCUUAUGUGUACGAUGCAUCAACUAAUGCAAGAUUUCCAUCGCGGUGAUUCGGCUGAUCCUGUUGCACCGUCGGAUGUGUUACACAUUGUAUGGGAACAAUCCCAAAUGAACAUGGGAGGUCAACAGGAUGCUCACGAAUUCUUUCUUGCAGUGCAUGAUCUCUUGCAUCGACAUUACAGUGCUUUAGCGUCCUUUGCGUCAUCGCCAGUCACAGAAACUGAUGGGUGUAAAUGCAUUGUUCAUCAAACAUUCACCGGCAAGCUUCGUUCGGACAUCAUCUGUAAUAAAUGCGCAUCCGUGUCAUCUUCUACACAGCCCUUUUUGGAUGUAUCUCUGAUAGUGCCACCCGGUUCGACGAACGAUCAAGUUAGCAUCAAAACAUGUUUGGAAAUGUUUUGCGCAAAAGAAGAUCUUGAUCGUAAUUGUGAGCGAUGCGGAUGUCUGCGAGCAACCCGACGAAUGAGUUUCAAAGUGCUACCAUCUGUGAUCGUGUUCCAUCUCAAGCGCUUCAGCCCCUCAGCUACCGGAAAGAACAGCACUAUAGUUUGGUUCGAACUUGAAUCGGAUAUGUCACCGUUUACGUCCGCGUUCCUCGACAAUCCUUCCUUAUUUGAUCCCCGAACCUCAGCUGGAAUGCUAAGUCAUAAAAACCAUUCAUACUCACUCUUCGCUAUUGUAACCCACAUUGGAGAUUCGUCGGGCGCGGGACACUAUAUUAGUUAUGUUCGAAGAAAUCAGAAUAAGUGGUACAGAUGUGAUGAUCAUCAGAUUAAAGAGGUGCAUUACGGCGAUGUGGUAAUGACAGAAGCUUAUCUGCUGUUUUAUCAACUUACUCAACUACGGCUGAAGUAGAGUACGAGUUUGAAUCCAUAUCAGAUCUUCUAGUUAUAUCCGUCAUGCCCUGUACUUUGCUCAUCAGGUUGAUUUCCAUCUUCCAAUUCUUGCAUAAUUCUGCCCUUUUAUGACGGCAAUAUCUGCGAAAUCUCAACUAUCCACAUCUCUUCUGCCUCGUUUUCUACUUGAGUGACGUUGUUUUACUUGCAUGUCUUUCACUUCAUUACGUUUGCACCUUUAUGAUGAGAUGUUUUUGGGAGACGAUUGUACAUACUAUAGCCUUUUACCUUGUUUUACAAAUCCUCCAGCACUGAUGAUGACUUGUAUGUACCACUCAGCAAGGAAUUUUCCACUAAAUGACUCAUAAUAACUGUUUUAAACUGAUAGAUUGCAUAUAGCGACUGUGUGCUUAUAAAAGCUAAUUUCA